AGGCAGGGAAAUGCGCCGAGAAAUCCAGGCAGCCCAGAGCCGCAGUCACAGAGCUCACGAGCAGGCGCACGGUCCCUCCGCCGGAUUUCAAGGGGAGCUCCGCUUGAGAAGCACUCCGAGAAACCGGCAACUUUCAAGGGCCAGGGGCUGCUGGGGCUAAGGACUGAGAGCUGAGCGGUUGGGUGACCAGAAGACAAAUUUCGAUCAGUAAACGGACUCGAAAUGGCGAAAGUACAAAGGCUGCGGCGCUGCGCAGGGCGAGCCGUUCUGUGCUGCGUAGUGCUGACCGUGUGCGGGGCCGCUGCGGCCGGGCAGAUUCGCUACUCGAUCCCCGAGGAAAUGCAGAAAGGCUCUUUCGUGGGGAACAUCGCGCAGGACCUGGGGCUGGAGGCCAAGGCGCUGUCGGAGCGCGGUGUGCGCUUGGUCUCCACAGGUGGGACGCAGUAUUUCACUUUGAAUGUAAAGAGCGGCCAUUUAAUCACGGCGGAGCGGCUAGACAGGGAGCAGCUGUGCGGCCGGGCCGAGAAGUGUGUCAUCAAUUGUGAGAUUAUCGCAGAGGACAGAAUGGAAGUUUUCAUAACUGAAGUCGAACUCACAGAUGUGAAUGACCAUGCCCCGAGCUUCCAGGAGGGGAAGCUGGAGUUCAGGAUCAGUGAGACAACUGCCGUGGGAACACGGUAUAGUCUGGAAGAGGCGCAGGAUCCGGAUGUGGGGAUUAACUCUAUCCGGGACUACCAGCUGAGCAGCAACGAGCACUUCUCUCUGGAUGUGCAAGCGGGAGCUGCUGGGGACAAAUACCCCGAGUUGGUGCUGGAGAAGCCCCUGGAUCGAGAAGAGCAGGCUGCUCACGACCUCAUCCUCACAGCCACUGACGGCGGAGAUCCGGUCCGCUCCGGCACGGCGCGGAUCCACGUGGUGGUGCUCGAUGCCAAUGACAACGCGCCCGUGUUCAGCCAGACGCUCUACCGCGUGAGCGUGCGGGAGAACGUGCCCGUGGGCUCCGCGCUGCUCACAGUUAACGCCACGGACGCGGACGAGGGGCUCAACGCUGCAGUCGCCUACUCGCUGCGGAAGACGAAGGACAAAGCGUCUGAGACCUUCCAGGUGGACUCUCGAACGGGAGAUAUCGUGACGGUGGGGACUCUGGACUACGAGGAAGAGGCCGUCUAUGAAUUGGAGGUUCAGGCAAGGGACAGUGGAGACCUCUGGGCCCGGGCAAAAGUACUGGUGACUGUCCUCGACGUGAAUGAUAACGCACCCCAGAUCACAGUCACCUCUGCUGUCAGCUCCAUCAGUGAAGACAGCCCGCCAGGGACUGUAGUUGCUCUUUUACGAGCGAAAGACAAAGAUUCCGGCGGGAACGGGGAGAUCAUGUGCUCCAUCCCGGACCACGUCCCCUUUCGGCUCCAGAAAUCCGUGGACAACUACUACAGCCUGGUGACGGCCAGAGACCUGGACCGGGAGCAGGUGGCGGAUUACAACGUGACGGUCACGGCCCGGGACCGCGGGGCGCCGCCGCUGUGGUCCGCCACGACGAUCGCCGUGCAGGUGUCGGACGUGAACGACAACGCGCCGGCCUUCAGCCAGGCGGCCUACAGCGUGUGGGUGAGCGAGAACAACGCCCGCGGCGCCUCGGUGUUCUGCGCGCGGGCGGCCGACGCGGACUGGGGCGACAACGCCCGGGUGACGUACUGGCUGGCGGAGGGCGAGCUGCAGGGCGCGCCGCUGUCGUCGUGGCUGUCGGUGCAGGCGGAGAGCGGCGCGGUGCAUGCGCUGCGCGCCCUGGACUACGAGCAGGUGCGCGAGAUCCGCUUCGCCGUGGAGGCGCGGGACGGCGGGUCGCCGCCGCUGCGCAGCAGCGCCUCGGUCACGCUGCUGGUGCUGGACCAGAACGACAACCGGCCCGAGAUCCUGUACCCGGCGGCGCCCCGCGACGGCUCGACGGGCGUGGAGCUGGCGCCGCGCUCGGCCGAGCCGGGCUACCUGGUGACCAAGGUGGUGGCGGUGGACGCGGACGCGGGGCAGAACGCCUGGCUGUCGUACGAGCUGCUCAAGGCCAGCGAGCCGGGGCUCUUCGCGCUGGGCGUGCACACGGGCGAGAUCCGCACGGCGCGCGCCCUGGGCGACAGGGACGCGCUCAAGCACCGCCUGGUGGUGGGCGUGCGGGACAACGGGCAGCCGCCGCUGUCGGCCAGCGUCACGCUCACGGUGGCCGUGGCCGACAGCAUCCCCGAGCUGCUGGCCGACCUGGGCAGCCUGGCGGCGCCGGCGGCCGAGGCGCAGGCCAGCCUCACCUUGUACCUGGUGGUGGCCGUGGCCGCCGUGUCGUGCCUCUUCCUCGCCUUCCUCAUCGUGCUGCUGGGCCUGCGGCUGCGCCGCUGGCGGCAGGCGCAGCUGCUGGGCUCGGCCGGCGGCGCCCUGGCCGGGGUGCCCGUCUCGCACUUCGCGGGCAUCGACGGCGUCCGCGCUUUCCUGCACUCCUACUCCCAGGACGUGUCUCUCACGGCCGGCUCCAGGAAGAGCCAGUGGAGCUUCGGCCCGCCCAGCUCUGCCGGCACCCUGGCUCGGCCGCCGGCGGGACAGGGCAAGGAGCCUGCCCCGGUGGGUAAGGAUUCAAAGGUGUGUGAGGCGGACCAGGCUGCGCUGCAGGUGAGCCGACGUUUUUGUAUUCUGUUGCCCUUGUUUACAUUCUGGUGUUUCUGUCUUUCGGAUCAUUGUUAG